GGAGAGGUAAAUCUACUAAGUGACUUGGUCCCACUUUUAUUAAUGACAAUCUUGUAAAUAAUGAAUCAAUCGAUAAAAGUGUAGGUACAAAUUACAGUUGUACAUAUCCUACAGGGUACAAGUUUGAGUUGUACCGUUGAAGAAUUUGUUUCGCACAAAGUGUAGGUGCAACCCAAAAUUGUACAUAGCGUGUAGAUACAAUUUUAAGUUUGAGUUGUACCAUUGAAGAAUUUGUUUCGCAACGCGUGCAGGUACAAGUUUGGGUUGGUUUUUUUUUUGGAAAGUGUAGGUAGAAGUUUGUGUUGUACCACAUAGAGAUGUGUUCGAAAGUGUAGGUACAACCUAAAGUUGUACCAUAACGUAUAGGAAGUUGUACCAUAGAGAGAUUUGUUCGAAAGUGUUGGUACAAACAUAAAGUUGCACCAUAGUGUCUAGGUACUUAAACUUGUACCAUAAUGUAUUGGUACAAGUUUGGGUUGUAUCAUAGAAUGAUUUGUUACUGUCCAUCGGUGGUAUCGAGGUUUUGACCCAUGGCAGGUUGAGACAAAGACUACAAUGGUUUGGGUGCAGCUUCCCCGCCUCCCUUCAGAAUUUUUUAAUCAGAUAGCAGUGAUGAGAAUCGUCGGACUUAUUGGUAAUCCGGCCAGGGUGGAUCGAGCAACUCUUGAGGGAGCCAGAAUGAAAUAUGCUCACGUUUGUGUUGAAGUGGAUCUAACGAAGCCGCUUUUAUCGAAGUACAAAGUUGAAUGGAAAGAGAAUUUCAUCACAUGCGAUGCGAGAGCCUUUACAAUGUGUGUUUUGAAUGCAGGAAAUAUGGGUAUACGACUGAGCAAUGCAGAUGCACCAAACCCCCUGAGUCGGAGCCAAUUGUUGACGAAGCAGACCAAACAAAUGAUAUGCAUGUGGAACCAGUGCCGAAAUCCCCCUUAUAUGGGGAAUGGAUUGUCGCAAAGAAAAAGAUUGAAGAUUUGGAGCGAUAAGGGGACAAUCGAACCACCCAGUAACACAGAUGCGGGAAACAACAAAUAGGUAUGAGGUUUUGGCUGAGGCAGAGAGACAAGGGACGAGGCCAACACAAGAGGCACCCAAAAUAAGGGAGCCACAACAAAACCAUGCUGGAGGAAUGAGAAACCACGAGACAGGAGGGAACACAAAGUCAAACAGUACGACAUGGGUUAUGGUGAUUACUUGUUUUUUAGUAUCACGGUGGCAACCUCUUUAUAUACCAUUUGAUUAACUAUUUUCCUUCUUUUUUUUUUGGAAAGUGUAGGGUACAACUUUGUACCUUAUAUAGCAUAUAGGUAGAAGUUUGUGUUGUACAACAGAGGGAUGUGUUUGAAAUUGUAGGUACAACCUAAAGUUGUACCAUAACGUAUAGGUACAACUUUCAGUUGUACCAUAGAGAGAUUUGUUCGAAAGUGUCGGUACAAACAUAAAGUUGUACCAUAGUGUGUAGGUACUUAAACUUGUACCAUAAUGUAUUGGUACGAGUUUGGGUUGUAUCAUUGAAUGAUUUGUUACUGUCCAUCGGUGGUAUCGAGGUUUUGACCCAUGGCAGGUUGAGACAAAGACUACAAUGGUGUGGGUGCAGCUUCCCCGCUUCCCUUCAGAAUUUUUUAAUCAGAUAGCAGUGAUGAGAAUCGUCGGACUGAUUGGUAAGCCGACCAUUGUGGAUCGGGAAACUCUUGAGGGAGCCAGAGUGAAAUAUACUUGCUUUUGUGUUAAAGUGGAUCUAACGAAGCCGCUUUUAUCGAAGUACAAAGUUGAAAGGAAAGAGUAUUUCAUCACAUGCGAUGCGAGAGCCUCUACAAUGUGUGUUUUGAAUGCGGGAAAUAUGGGUAUACGACUGAGCAAUGCGGAUGCACCAAACCCCCUGAGUCGGAGCCAGUUGUUGAGGAAGCAGACCAAACAAAUGAUAUGCAUGUGGAACCAGUGCCGAAAUCCCCCUUAUAUGGGGAAUGGAUGGUCGCAAAGAAAAAAAAUCGAAGAUCUGGAGCGAUAAGUGGACAAUCGAACCACCUAGUAACCCAGAUGCGGGAAACAACAAAUAGGUAUGAGGUUUUGUCUGAGGCGGAGAGACAAGGGACGAGGCCAACACAAGAGGCACCCAAAGGAAGGGAGCCACAACAAAACCCGAACUUACCUGCUGGAGUCCCUCUUUACAACAACUUUCUUGUCGCCAAGAGGGAGAAUUCCGUCGUUGUCCAGCCAGGGAGAGUCCCCAUUGGCAACGGAGCAGCAUUUGGGUGCGUCGUGAUGAAGGAGUUCGUCAAAGCACUUACAGAGAAGCUCACACCCAACUCCGCCGCUCACGACGAUUACCUCACCUGCAGCAAUAACCCCAAUGAGGAAGAAGUAGGGAUGACAUUUAUAGCCGUAACCGUGGGUAUCCGACCCUACCCAACCCGGUCAACGUGGGGAAUCCCCACAUUGACUGGGUAUGGGGCGGAUAAGAGUAAUACUCGCAAAGAAUCUUGUGGGGAUGGGGUGGGGAUGGAUUUGAGUGCCCCCGCCCCAUACCCAUAUCCGCUCCGUCAUUGCAUAUGUCUUAUAAUUUUAAAAUAUAACUACGGUAAUGUAAUCUACCAAAAGGACUUAAGAGUUAUUGUAAAAUAAAAUAAGGACUAAAAAUUGAUGAGAUGGGGGCAUAAGAGCGUGUUCUUCCUGGUGAGAACGGAUGGCGGCAAGGGUUGUAAGAGGUGGGACUAUGCAGGGGUUGUUGAUCCAUAGAUCAAUCCAUUUGAUCCAUGAAUCCACAAUCUAUUGUUGAUCCAUGAAUCUACAAUCAAUUUGAUCUAUGGAUCCAUCAAUCCAUGGAUCAAUCCAUUUGUCACCUCUAAUUGAGACGGUCACGGGGAGAAGAAGGAUUGCUUGUGUUUCGUGGAGGUUGUUGUUGGUUAGGGAUGAAUGAUGGAUUGGUGGUAGGAAGGAAGGAAGAAGCUGCAGAGUAGAGAGCUAUGGCUGCAAAUGUCUUUUCUUUUUCUAAAAAUUGUUUUGGGUUUUUUUACUUCAGUUAGCAAAUUCGUCUGAAGAGGGAAACAAAAUGCUCAUGGAAACCAUAAAAGAGAAAAUUGUAAUCGAAGUGAGCUCAGUGCUGAUUUAGGGCACUUCAAAGAUCACUAUAACAUUUGCUAAAAAAUGCACCCAAACCAAUAAUAUAACUCAUCAUUUGAUAUAUCAUCUAAUAUUUCAAAAGCGAUGUUCAAUUAGAAAUAGUUCUACUCUCAGGAUAAUAUGACUCAAUUAGCAUGAUCAAUAUUUAUAUUACUGGGUUAAAUCCAUAUGGACUCAUAUGUACUUUUUAAUGGUUUUGAAUUGUGUUUAAUUGGGAUCAAUUCAUUUGGUCGGAAUCAAAUGAAUCUAUUUGUGUUCAUAGGAUUGUACAUACAAAAGACAAUAUCGAUCAUCUCAUUAACUACCUCCAAUCCAAUUACACAAUUAGUGUUUAUGUUUCACCUUUCUAUUUGUUUUAUAACAAAAAUGGGUUAAUUGCAUGGUUGGUCACUAAGAUUACAAAAAACGUGAACCGUUUCAGUAAACUGAAGUACCACCAAUGGAUACGGCGCCGGCGGUGGAUGACAAGCUUCUGGGUUUGGCGGCCGCGCAGGAGCCGAGUAGUGCGGCGUCCUUGUUGGUUUGGCCGCGCCGAGGGGGAGUGGAAAUACCGUGAAACAUAAUGCCGCCAUUGUUAAUGUUGUGCCGACGAGUUGGGAGAAAGAGAGAGAGAUCAGAGGUGUGGAUGGAUGGAUAGGUAGAGAGAGAGAAAGCUAUGAAGGAGGAACGAGGGAGUAAUGCGGUGGGGGUGGGCAGGCUAGGGAUUAGGGGUUUCGGAGGAGAGGACUUCCUUGAAGGUUUCCUCGUUGCAGUCCGGCGACAGAGCUCUGCUUUCGGCGGUUGUCGUUUUUCGAGAAAGUCAUAACGACUUGAGAAAUUUGUAGAAAAUAAAUUAGGUUUUGUAUUUUAUUUUUUAAUAUGUAAAAAUGAGGUGGAAAAUAUAAAAAUUAAUUUUAUUUUUAAUAAUUUUUUAGUUGUCACGUCACUAAGUUAACGGUCAACUUUGAGAGUUGACUGCCACAUCAGCAAAAGUUGACGGAGUUGGACAGAGAGUGACCAAACAUAAACCGUUUCAGUAAACUGAAGUACCACCAAUGAAUUUAAAUAUUUUGA